AGUUCCCUAUUUCUAAAUUUUUUUAUACCAGCGAGCGAUAAUUCGUUGAAGUGGAUGCCGGAACCUCAAAUUCAGCAAAGUGUAAUCCAGAUUGGCAAGUAGCAAGUAGUUACCUUCUUCUUUUUUACCAUCUUUCAUGAAAAUUCACUGAACUUGGGGGUAAAAAUGGGUAUUUACCUUGUACAGUACAAUACAUGUAGAAUACAACUCCCAACCAUAUCCAUACCUACUCUGUGUUUUCUUUUCCACACCCUUGGCUUUUUCUUUCUUCUUGCUUCUGACUCUGGAAGAGAGACCUCACAUGCUUCUGACUUGUGUACAUCUCUAGCACCACGUACCCCUCCAGACCUCCAUUAAAAUACAACAAUUCACAGUACCAACAGCAACAAAUUUAAAGCAGCUUCAGUACUGCUACCAAACAACCAAACCCCUUCUCUCUGUUAAAACCACUAUUCCCUCCCCCCUCUGUUUUCUCAGUCACAUUUUUUAAAUUAUAAUUCAGUACUCUGUUUUUCAUUUUCACCACUUUCUUAUCCAAGUAUAUUGAAAUAGUAAAAACCAGACCAGACCCAUUACUUACUUAAAUCAAACACCCCCAGAAAUCACUCAAAUUCUGGCAUUCCCAACAAUGGAAGCUUUUAGUUUACUCAAGUAUUGGAGAGUUGGUGGUAGUAAUGGAGUUAAUAAAACUACUGAGAAACAGCUACAGCAGCAACAACCCACUACUACUAUUGCUACUACUGUUAGUGAAAUGAGUGUUGAAGAAGAAGAAUGUGUUGUUGAUGGUGAUGCUGACGAUGAAGGACCAUUUUUUGAUCUUGAAUUUGCAGUACCUAAUGAUGAGGAUGAUAACAAUGGUGGAGGAAAGGAGAAAGAUGAUUAUGAUGAUGGUGAUUCUGUAACAACAGAUGAGGAUGAAGAAGAAGAAGAAGAUGGGUUUGAUUUUACAGUAUCUCCUGGUUCUGUUUCAAGUGGUGGUAAUCAAAUUGAUUCUUCUUCUUCACCAAAUAAUUUAAUAUUUUCUCCUUCUGAUGAUAUUUUCUUCAAAGGGGAUGUUGGUAAAUCAGUUUCUCCUCUGUUUCAAUCUUCAUCUUCUACAAGUUCAACUUCAUCAUCAGUUGAGAAUGGUCUUAAUAAUAAUCCUAAAGUACAAUUCCCUGUUUCUUUAAUCAAAACAGCUACUAAAAUCAGAGUUUUCAUGUUGGGGUUUAAGAGUAACAGCAGUAAUCCUAAACCCAAAUCAGAAGAUCAAAAACCAGAGGAGAAACAGAGCACCAUCAGAACAGAGCUAAAACAGAGUAAGAAGUUUGUGACAGUGAAAUUCAGAGUAGAUGAACUUCUCCCAAUGAUUUCAUUAUUCACUAGAGAUUCUUCAUCUUCUUCUGCUACUGCUUCAAACAACAACAAAAUCAUGUCCUCAUCUCAAGAAGAAAUCGAAGUAGAAGAUGAAGAAGGGAAGAAAUUGAUCUCCAAAGAUGUUGUUCAGAAAUAUCUGAAAAUGAUUAAACCUCUAUACGUUAGAGUUUCUAAGAGAUACAACAACAAUGGUGGUGGUGCAUUUUCUCCAUCUAGAUCAAUGGAUAAUUCAUCUGUAAUACCAUCAUCUCCAUUACCUAUUAAGAUUGAAGAUGAAAUCUCUUCGAAGAGAAAACAGGGGGUGAGUAAUCUACCAAAUGGAUUUAGAAUUGUGAGAAAACAUUUGGGGAAAAGUCGAUCAGCAUCAUCAGUGAACCCUGUUACAACAAAUUCUUCUUCACCGGGAGGGAUUCAAGCAAAGAGAAGAGAUGAUUCAUUGUUGCAACAACAAGAUGGAAUUCAGAGUGCUAUUCUACAUUGUAAACGUUCUUUCAAUGCUUCCAGAGAUACUGAUUCGUGUCCAAGAUCAUCUACGGAAUCCCAUGAGACAUCAAUUGAUGAAGCAGCUGCUGGGAAGUGAGAGGUCUCUGCUGUUAUUAUUAUUAGUAGAGCUUCUUCUCAUUUGUUGAUUUCGCUUUCUGUACAAAUUUUAGAGACCCUUUGUUGAUUAGAAUGUAGUGUAGAUGAAUGAUCAUAUGAUGAUUAUCAGAUCUAUCAUCAUCAUAACUCUCUCAGUUAUGUAUCUAUCCAUCCAUCUUCUUUGUAGAAAUGUAGAAGAAGAGGAGAUUAAAAAAAAAAAAAAAAAACCUAACUUGAUUUUGUUGGUUUUUGUCUUAUUUUGGUGUAGAUCAU